GACGUGCGUGCGGAUUGGCUGGAUUGACGGGGGUGUUCGUAAAAGCAUGUUACCGUGCGCUAGCUAGCUUGCUCCGGCGUCGCGAAGUUGUGGUGUGGACGAAAGCCUGUCAAAAUGGCAGGUAGCAUUCUCGAAAAUCUAAGCGGCCGCAAAUUAGCCUGUAUCGUUUCUGUCGUGCUCGUCAUCCAGCUCGUUUGCUUUCUGAUCGGCGGUCUCAUAGCUCCGGCCCCAUCCAAUGCGGACCAGAUUCUGGGCACCGUCUGUUUACGGCACGAGCCGUUGCCAUCCGGCGUCUUCGACGACACGUGGCACAUUCCCCGCGGAGUCGGCGGCCACCCGACCAACUGCAACGUCCUUGGCGACCUUGCGCACGUGCCCCAAGACAACGCCAGCGUCACGGCGAAUCACAUCGUGUUCGCCUUCCAAGCACCGGGGCCGCGGGCGCGCCAAGACCUUGACUAUUCCCGUUGGAUGCAGAACCUCAUCGGGAUCCUCCAGUUGGACAUCGACGACUCCAGCCACAUGGAACCCAGUCCACUGUUGCUACUGGAAGUGAAGCUGGGCUAUCGCAACAAGCACGACCCCCCCGACAAGUGGACGCUGGUGGCCCAGUCUCUCGAGCAGAGGCACCUGAGGUGCGACGUUAAAACCAACAGCAGUGACACGCAGCUGCAGGAUACUGGAGGGCGUGUGUACAACUGCGACGUCCUGAGCUUGUUUGAGCUGGGAAGCCUGCACCACGACUUCUACCUCCUCAACCUGCGGCUGCCCAUCGACGGAAAGAGCACGGCCAAUCUGGGGCUCGGAAAAGUGAUUGAUGCCUGGCUGGUGCUGAUUCACCAAAAUGGAGGUUUUACCAAGGUCUGGGUGUCCCUCAAGACAUUCUUCUUCCCCCUGAUCGUGGCAACUCUCAUCUGGUACUGGCGGCGCAUCAGGCUUCUCGCAAGACCUCCACACCUUCUGGAGGGCCUCCUCUUGUCGCUGGGAUUGGCCAUGACAUUGCUGAACAUUCCCCUGGAGUUCUUGACCUUAUGGCUCAACAUGCCGUUCAUGCUACUCAUGAGUGACAUACGGCAGGGAAUCUUUUAUGCUACGCUUCUUAGCUUCUGGCUUAUCUUUUGUGGAGAACACCUUAUGGAGGGACGAAGGGACGACAUUGAGCGCAACCGACUUCGGUCUUACUGGAAACAUCUAAGUGCAGUGAUCACCGGCUGUGUCUGCCUCUUCAUUUUCGACCUGUGCGAAAGGGGAAUUCAACUCAGAAACCCUUUCUACAGCAUCUGGGCAUCGCAAGUUGGCAGCAACCUUGCUCUGGCCUUCAUCAUUCUUGCCGGCCUGUCCGCGGGGCUCUACUUUGUGUUCCUGUCGUACAUGCUGUACAGAGUGCUGCGCAACAUCAGCUUCAAGAGGAAUGCCUUGCCCAGCAUGAGCCAGGCUCGCAGGAUGUACUAUGAGGGCAUCAUUUACAGGUUUAAGUUCCUACUUCUCGCCACACAGAUCUGCGCUGCACUUACGGUGAUCGCUUAUAUCGUGGGCCAGGUGAGCGAGGGCCGCUGGAAGUGGGACGAGGACAUCCAGCUGGAGUUCACGUCGGCCUUCUUCACGGGCGUCUACGGCAUGUGGAACCUCUACGUCUUCAUGCUCCUUGUUCUCUAUGCACCCUCACACAAGUUCUACCCGUCACCAUCUGAUCGCACCACAAGCCAGGAAGAAAUUGAAUUCAGCCGACUCACCACCACUGAGCCUGUGGCCACCGAGCCCACAGAGUCGUCCUCUCUCACGGAGUUCGCUAAGAAAGCAGCCCUGGACUAGAGCAGAACCGGACUUCUGUGAAGGCGACGACUUUGGCCAGAUUGUUUUGCCCGCAAUAUCCGCGUUUCCCGCCGUGCUGCUUUUGAGGCGCUGUUUUACAAUACCAAAAGCGAUUUUGUGUUCCUCAGUCCCUUAGGGCCAUCUCACCAGUCGUGCCAUCUCUGUGUGUUGAUUUUACCGUACUUACCGUAUUUUCCGAUGUGUAAGUGGCAUUUUUCUUUUUAAGAAAGUCGCACAAUGGUGCGACUCGUAUGCAUUUUUUUUUUUUGCUUUAGACCAUAAAUCUGCAAAUUUGCCGCGGGGGUUAAAUUUCUCGUUAGAUUUGUUGACGAGAAUGUUGGAACCGGCUCCUGAUUGUGCACGUAUCGGGAUCAGAAUACGCAUAUGUGGGCUUAUCUAUGCAGUUUCGUCGCGCCGACCAAAGAAAAGAAAAAGUGCAAUUUAUACAAAGGUGCGACUUACCGUAAACUACCGAGCAUCUGCCCGUUCCACAAUAAGCCCCCACCCCUCAGUUUCGUAACGCUCGGAGAAUACACAAAGGAGAUAUCUUUACAUAUUGUUGACCCAAGGAGUGCCCAUUCCUCAGUUUCACAUGAUUAUCUCCAAAUUUUGAGUGGGCGCUUGCUCGGGUUUUUAUAGUAUACACCGUAUUUUCCGGGCUAUACAUAUUUAAAAGUUUAAAUUUUAAUGAUGUGGACUAUCUGCGAACUAUAGAAGGAUUUGGUUUUUCUAGGUUGUUGACUGUGACAAGAUGUGAAGCUUUUUAUGAAUAGCGGAGUGUAUUAAUGUUGAUUUACGUAUGAUACAAGCUUCUUUGUGAGCUAAUACAACAGGCAUUUGUCAAGGUGUGCUGUGUAUGAUAAUUUUUACGUUCAGAUUAGGCACUAAGUGUGGACUAUGCACGGCGUGCGGAUCCUGCACCGAAUGCGGGCUAUCUAAGCAAACACUUUUAUUUUUUGCCUCAAGUUUGCCUCUGUGGGCUAUGCACCGGGUGCCAACUAUGGUCCGGAAAAUACGGUACUAACUUUCUUGUGAAAACGGUCGUUUAUGGGGUGUUACAACUUAUAAACCGGAAAAUACGGUAUAAAUCUGUGUAAUACGUCGAAAAUCAAAAUAUUGUUGAUAUCGGCUAAUUAUGUAUGAUUUCAAAGUCUGACAUGCUUUUGCUGUCAAUGGGAAUGAGUUUAUGUUCUUGUCACUUUUAUGCUCCCUUGACAAAUUCCAGAAAAAAAACGGAUUUAGAAAGAAUUUACAAAUUUUGUGGAUGUUGAAAUUGAAAUUUUAGCUGUUGCAUUACUGCCACUGAUUGCUUUGUUGCCAAUGGCAUUUGACUUGGAGGAAGGUGACGCAUUCGCGCUCGUUUCCUGUGAAUGUCGCGUUAGCUAGUUUCAAACUGGUAUUAGUCUAUUUAUUGUAGUACAUCAUCGUCAAGGACUGUAAGACCGUGCUGCCUCUUUUAAGUCAUUUUGUCGGCAUCUAGAUGCAGUAAACUAUUCCUAUUGAGUAGUAGGACCUCCUGCUUUCUGUAAACGUAUAUACUACUACUACAUUAACUUUGGUCUCUCUAAAGUUGUGUUUUCUGACUUUUUGUUUCUCAGUCGAUUUUUGUGGCCACCAGCAGAGAAGGGCAAGCGUGGUGCAAUGAGUAUGGCCUGAAAAAAAAGAAAGUUCCCGACUUUUGGAGGUUCAGCUUCUAAAUAAAAUCAAGAAAGGUAGCCGAUAGUUGGAAGGCAUUUAGAAGUCACAAACAAAUGUAUUGAGUGAGCUGUGAUUUUUACCCUGCAUAUUCAUUUUGCCUGUACUCUUUACACCUUUACACCUGAUGAUUACUUGUGACAUAAGUAUACUUUUGUUCCUAAUUUUUUCUACCAGUAGAAUUUUAAGUUUUUUUUCUAUUCAUAUACCUAUACACUCUUCACUAUGCCAUAAGUCCCAUUCUUUACGUGUGCUGCUUGUUUCUUUGUAAGAUGUUCCAUGUUGUGAUGUUUAAUGUCUAUGCAGCUGGUAGGUGCCAUGUUGUUUUUACUUGAUGCAACUUUUGCACCGUCACGAGACCAUGUUUCUUUUUUUGUUUUCCUAUUCUACACAAUCUAGUUUGUUAUAUUGCUUUUAAGGAUAGUGCUAUCACAUACAUGACAUGAAUUUCCAAGCUGCUAUUAUACAUUUUGUGUGUUGUAGUUCUACUGUGUCGCCGAAUUUACGUGUAGAAAAUGUCUCAUCCGACAAUGUUUUGUAGACGUGACAUCACAGUAAUAUGUAUGUACCAAUCAUCUACUCCUGUGACAGCUUCUUUUUUACGAAGUAAAGUUUAGAUUUUGCAGACUGUCAAAA